AAUGUCAACACAGAUUUGGCAGAUUUCGACUAUGAGACAGCGAUUUAUUAUGGCGAUUCAAAUGUGAAUAUUGGCGAGCCAUUCUCAAUCACAUGCAUAGUCCCCUUGGCCGAACCCAUAUUUUGGCUAAAAGAUGGCGAGCCAAUAACGCGACACAAUCUACGCCACGGACGCGAUGAGCACUCCUACACGCUGUCGGAGAGUGCCAUUGAGGGUGAGAAACACAAAAUCGAGGCGCAUCUUUCCGUGCGUCACGCACUGAAAGUGCACGAGGGUCAGUACAAGUGCAACAAUUUGCACACAAGCUACCAUAUGUUGCACGUACGCAGCGCCAAUGAGGCGCCAACACAUCCACAAACGUAUACACCGUUUGUGGUAACAGCGGGUGGUGUCGGCGGCGGCGGUGACAGUGACGGUGGCCAUCUGUCGACGCUCUCGGCCUACGAAACGAUACACGAUCUGACACCCAGUUCGGCGGAUGAUAUUUUCACGCGCAUUUGGGAGCCACACAUGGAGGUGGACGUAUCGCCGGCCAUGCCACUGCCAACACAAACUACCACAACAACAACAACACACCGGCGACAGCAUCAUCAUCAUCACCAACAGCACGAGCAGCAGCAGCAACAACAAAGGCCACAACUGAAAACAACGAAACUGGACGAGCAACACAAACUGAUUUAUAUAAACGCUACAAACUUCGAUGGUAAUCCAUCCUUAACGCUGCCGGAUAGCAGCGGCGAAGGCGCCAGCAUAGGCAGUGAACUGGACACAGGCCUUAUCAAUCUGGAGUAUAUGACGCCGCCAAAAAAGUACGGUGAAUUAACAACGGCGCCCAGUCGCGGCUUUGGGAGUGGUGGCGGUGGUGGUGCGAACACCAAAUAUCCACCAAUGCCGAACUUCCCACCACCACGCACAACAAUGCUAUCCACCACAGUAGCGCCAGUCGCGCAAUUUUUCACACCUCCACAUCAUCAUGUGGAGCAUCACGGUCACGGGAUCACUGCCAGCAAUAGCAAUAACAUGAACAUGAAUAGCAAUCCUUUGACGACACACGGCUAUCAACUGGUCGAAACACAAUCCACAUUUCCGCUGCAAACAGCCGCGCCAAACUACCAACAACCGACACAAAUGUUCACGCCACAACAAAUUGGUGUGCAAACGAUGAUGCCAAUGGAUGUUUACCAGCAGCAACAACAACAACAACAGCAGCAGCAGCGCAAUCAACUGCAAACCUAUCCACCGCAUCAGUUUAUAAAUCAGCAGCAGCAGCAACAACAACGACAUUCAAUAGCUGGUGUGACCGCGGUUACGACGGGCACAUCUUUGUCACCACAACCCACACGCAUGGCACAAGUGCCACCAAUCCGCAAGGAUACUGAAUUUUUGGUGCCAAACUAUGAUAAUGCAGAACAUCAGUUAAAAGUAUAUGAAAUCAGAUCACCUCUAGUACUUAGCUGUAACAUAACCAAAGCUGGUGAUUAUGUACUGAAAUGGGAGAAAAACGGUACGGAUGUUGCGAAAGUCAAAGAACUUGCUGGACGUUAUAGAAUUAUUGCGGCCGAGAGAAAGUUCAUUAUUGACCGAACAGAUGUCGCCGAUGAUGGUCUCUACAGUUGUGUAGCCGAUGAUCAGAAGAAAGAUUUUAAUGUAGUUGCUCGCGUUAUUGUACGAGUGCCUUCGAAUACCGGUGUUGUAGAGGGUGAGAAAUUGUCAAUUGUCUGCACAUCUAUUGGUACAGACCCACAAUUGUCCUGGAAGAUUGGUAAUUUGACACUCUCAAACAGCACAGGACGUUAUUUUUUGAAACCCGAUGAUAAUCAAGUGAAAAACGCAAUUUUGUCUAUUGAAAAUGUCAGCCUUAAUGAUAGAGGCGAAUAUAUAUGCAUUGGACGUAAUGACGCCAAUGAGUAUGCCGGCUAUGAUAAGGCUAGUGAUAUGUCAUAUGUUCGUGUUAAGGGCAAACUCGCCGCCUUAUGGCCUUUCCUGGGUAUCUGCGCCGAAGUACUGAUCCUCUGUGCGAUCAUUCUUAUCUACGAAAAGCGACGCAACAAGAGUGAAUUGGAAGAAAGCGAUACAGAUCCACAAGAUCAGUAAGUUUUGUAGAAACAAUGAAUGAAAGAAAGAACAACAACAACAACCACCACCACCACCACAAUUAAACCAGCUACCAUCAAAACCACCAACCCACAUAUGUACAUACAAAACAAGUAUAAACAGACAUGUAGUUGUGUUAGCAGUGUUACAAAAUCAAACCAAAAGCCAACCAGUUAAAACGCUACAUGUAUGUACAACAACAACAACAACAGACAGAUAGUUAGUGGUGUAAAGAUUCUUUUUUUUUUUUGUUUUUAAUUCACAAGCAAUCAAACACACACAAUUUACACUACCAUUUUUUGAGUUGAGACACAGAACAACAACAACAACAACAAUUAAAAAUAUAAAUUAAAACAACAGUUCUUAAGUUUGUGCUAAUCGAAGGCAGGUACCCUGUACAGUUAUAUACGCAGAAUAUACUUAUGUACUUUAAAUAAAUAGUAAAAUAAAAUAAUCGGACAUUCAGACGCAACAACAACAACAACAAACAAACAAACAAGACAACACAACACAUUACAAUGGACAUAUGGAAAAUGUCGUUUGUCACAAAAGCAACAUAUUCUUUUUUUUGGUUCUAUUUCGUACGUUUAUUUUUGUGUUAGUCGCUAAACUGACGCGCUAGUCGAACGCAAUAAGUCGACGAGCGUUGAACGUAAUUUGGCGUUUGUUAAUCACUAGUUUAUAAGCGUAAAGUUAAAGUCACGUGUAAUGCCGUAAUCUAACGGUUAUAACUUAACAAAUGCGUUUACACAUUGCUACGCGCUGCUCGUUUAGUUCUAAAAGGAUUUCUCCUUCCGUAGUGUUAUUAUGUCCAAUAUUUCUUUUGUGAGAGGCGUACAUGUUUUUCGUGUGUAAACUUAAAUACAAGACGUUGAGGAGAGGAAGUACGAAAUCAAUUUAAUAAACGUUAUAUAUAUAAAAUAUGAAACUUAGCGAGAAGAAAGAAGAGAAAAAAUUUAGUUAACAAAUUUAAAGCUGAUUUACUUAAUUGUAAAUUAAAUUGUAUAAUAAAAAAAAGUAUGUAAUUUCCGCAAUGCAAAAAUUGCAUGAAUUUUUCUCUUUUUGAUACGUACAAAAAGGAAGAAGCGCUAGUAAUAACCACUUAAGUUCUUUAAAAUCUAAGUUACAAACAACAACAACCAAACAAACAAAUACACUUAACAGAAGUCAUAGACACACAAGCAUACUAUAUAGUAUAUACGCUACAUAUUAAUUACACACACACAUUUGCAGUUGAAAAAAGAGAGACUUAAUACAUUUUGACAAUGCAGUUCUCAGUCUAAAACACACACAUUUUUUUGUUGAAAUUUUUUCGUUUGUUUGUUAUAAUACUAGAAGGCACACGCAAUUUUGCUUAGCAGAUAAAUACACGUUGAAAAUAAAUUGAAGAAAUUCUACACACAAAUAUGUAUUGCUGUAGCUGAUAUAUGAUUACUGAUUACUUUAUCAGUACUUUGUGCUUAAUUUAUAAUUUUGUGUACUAGUUUUGUAAUAAAUCAGAUUUUUGAUUUCAAUUUUGUUUGAAUUUCACUCACAUGUAGUUGUGUUUUUGCUAUUUCUCUUUUUUUUUUGUUUGUUUGUAAUAAAUUAAAGUAAUUAGCAAGAAAAGUUCAUGACUUUUGUUUGUUUUUGUAAUGCAGUGGUAAAUGUAGAAUGCAAAUCAUGCGUCAUAAAUAUGAAAUGAAAGAGUGUUAAUUUUGUUUUAAGUACUUAUUGCUUAAUUUUUAAACACGUUUACACUUUUUAUGAUUAUUAUUUUCUAAAUAUAUAUAGAUAUGUAUACGCAAACGUAAUGAAAAUGCAAAUGCAAACAGAAAACAGAAACUGUUACUGUAUGCUGCUGUAGCAAGCAUAAGCAACUGAAAAGUAAUUAUGCAAAUAAAAAUUCAAAAAAAAACAACAACUAUUGAGCGGAGUUUAAUGAUUUUGUGCAGACUCAGUAGUUUAACUAUAUAAAAAAAAAUAAAAAUCAUUCAUUCAACACUUUCGAAAUGCAUUUGUAUAUUAUAUUGUUGCAUAUGUUGCUACUGCGCAGCUGCAGCAUAGUUAAAAAGCAAGAAAAACAAGAAAAAUUCGUUUGUGUUUCAAGUUUUGUAUUUUCAAUUAAAUUCUUAAAUAAAAUACCAAUAAACAUUCUAAUAAUUCAGUAAUGGCGGCAGUAUACUCAAUUUUAUUAUGAUUAUUCUUACAAUUAUUCAUAUUAUUAUUAUUUGAACUUAUUGGAGUUAUCGUGCAACGUCUUCGUAUGCUUUUUCAGUGAAAAUGAAGUAAUCGAAGAAACAGUUGAAAAUACAGAAACAUUUGAAAUUGAUGAUGAACCAGUCAAAAUAAUCAGAUUACAUUCAGACUCAUACUAUAAGAGACAUAGAAAGAAUGUUAAUGCAAAUACAUACGAUACGACAAGUAAUCGUAAACAAAAUACCGGAAAUGACGGGCAAGAUAAUCAUGCAAAUGACAAUGGUAAUCGUGGCAGUAAUGUCACUGGUAAUCAAGCCAAUAAUAGCAAUGGUAAUCGUGUCAGUAAUGGCAAUGGUAAUCGUGUCAGUAAUGUCAAUGGUAAUCAUGUCAGUAAUGACAAUGAUAAUCAUGUCAGUAAUGACAAUGGUAAUCGUGUCAGUAAUGUCAAUGGUAAUCAUGGUCAUGCGAAUGAUAAUCAAGCUCGUAAU